UAGCAACCGAAGCCGCGGCGGCCGCUGCCGCCACCUGCACCUGGCGCCUGAACCACGUCCAGCGCACCUCACUGCUGCCUUUUCCAGUUGUCCGCCCAGGUGUUACUAUUUCAAGAAAUCUUUUGACAAGCAAAUAUAUGAUAAAGAACACAAGUAAUAGAGGAAGUUAUAACUGUUGUUAUUCAAGUGACAAACUGUUAAUGUCAGAAUGGCUCACAUAAGACUACUGAUAAAACUAUUCUGUAAAAAACUUUUUCACCACAAAAAGCUCUGGAAGUUUGGUGCAGUGAUUUUUUUUUUUAUGGUGUUUUUGAUUUUAAUGCAAAGAGAAGUAAGCGUUCAAGAUUCCAAAGAUGUAUCAGGGAUGGAGAAAAACAAAAACAAGAUGUUUGAUCUAAUGAUAGAAGCUGUGAACAAUAUUAAAGAUGUGAUGCCCAAAUUGCAGAUAAAAGCCCCUGUUAGACAAAAUAAUAAUGCUGGAGAUAGACCAUGUUUGCAAGGCUAUUACACAGCGGCAGAAUUGAAGCCUUUUCUAGAUCGCCCACCUCAGGACUCCAAUGCCCCUGGUGCUUCUGGGAAAUCAUUCAAGCCAGAAAAUUUAAGCCCUGAAGAACAAAAGGAAAAAGAGAAUGGGGAAGCCAAACACUGUUUUAAUGCUUUUGUUAGUGACCGGAUUUCAUUGCACCGAGACCUUGGACCAGACACUCGACCUCCUGAAUGUAUUGAGCAAAAAUUUAAGCGCUGUCCUUCCUUGCCCACCACAAGUGUCAUAAUAAUUUUUCACAAUGAAGCAUGGUCUACUCUGCUUAGAACAGUCCACAGUGUACUCUAUUCUUCACCAGCCAUACUGCUGAAAGAAAUCAUUUUGGUAGAUGAUGCUAGUGAGGACGAAUAUUUGCAUGAUAAACUAGAUGAAUAUGUUAAGCAAUUUCAAAUAGUAAAAAUUGUCCGACAAAAAGAAAGACAAGGUCUGAUCAAUGCUCGGUUACUAGGAGCAUCAGUAGCAACUGCUGAAACGCUCACCUUUUUAGAUUCCCACUGUGAGUGCUUUUAUGGCUGGUUAGAACCUUUGUUGGCAAGAAUAGCUGAGAACUACACAGCAGUUGUAAGUCCAGAUAUUGCAUCAAUAGAUCUUAAUACUUUUGAAUUCAACAAACCUUCUCCUUAUGGAUAUAAUCAUAACCGUGGAAAUUUUGACUGGAGCUUAUCAUUUGGUUGGGAAUCUCUUCCUGAACAUGAAAGGCAAAGAAGAAAGGAUGAAACCUAUCCAAUUAGAACACCUACUUUUGCAGGAGGUCUUUUUUCUAUAUCAAAAGAAUAUUUUGAAUAUAUUGGAACUUAUGAUGAAGAAAUGAAAAUCUGGGGAGGAGAAAAUAUAGAAAUGUCUUUCAGAGUUUGGCAAUGUGGUGGGCAGUUGGAGAUUAUGCCUUGCUCUGUUGUUGGACAUGUUUUUCGCAGCAAAAGCCCUCAUUCGUUUCCAAAAGGCACGCAGGUGAUUGCUCGUAACCAAGUUCGUCUUGCAGAAGUCUGGAUGGAUGAAUUUAAGGAAAUAUUUUAUCGAAGAAAUACAGAAGCAGCAAAAAUUGUUAAACAGAAAACCUUUGGUGAUAUUUCAAAAAGACUUGAAAUAAAACACCGUCUCCAAUGUAAAAAUUUUACUUGGUAUUUAAACAAUGUUUAUCCAGAAAUAUAUGUGCCGGAUCUUAACCCUGUAAUAUCUGGAUAUAUACAAAAUAAAGGCCGUCAUUUAUGCUUGGAUGUUGGAGAAAACAACUUAGGAGGCAAACCACUAAUUAUGUAUACAUGUCAUGGUCUUGGGGGAAACCAGUAUUUUGAAUACUCUGCGCAACAUGAAAUUAGGCAUAGCAUCCAACAGGAGUUAUGUCUUCAUGCUGCUCAAGGCCCGGUUCAGUUGAAUACAUGUAGCUACAAAGGUCAGAAAACACUUACCAUUGAUGUACAGAAAUGGGAGAUUCAAAAGGAUCAACUAUUAUACAAUCCAUCAUUAAACCUGUGUCUUACAGGAAAUGGAGAACAUCCAAGCUUGGUGCCAUGCAAUCCAUCAGAUGUAUUCCAGCAAUGGGAUUUUGUCAAUCAGUCUUAAGUGUUACUUAGAAUUAGGAAAUUUUUAAAAGGAGAUAUACUUUCUUAUAAAACUGUGACUAGGCAUACACUGUAGUUUUGGAAAAUUAUGCAAAAGCAGCUAAUUGUAACUUAUUCCAAGUGCAUUUUUCCUUAUUUAUAUCUUUAAAUGUGCAAGUGGCGUCACUGCUACAGAAAUCCCUUAAGGUUCUGUUCUAAAGCACAAUAAUAACUAGAAAUACCAAAGACUAUUUUUUUUUUUGAGAUAUCCAGGUUUAGGGAAAAGAUGUUUACAGUAUGCUGAAAGUUAAUUUGCAGAAUAAGGUGGUGUUCGUGUGUCAUGUCUUUAAACAAAGAUACAUACAGAUAUAUACACACACACGACUUAAAGAUAUUAUAUUUCCCCAAGUUUCUGGGGAGUUAGUAUAGAUUUGAUACUGUAUUUUUUUAAUGACUUAGAAAUUGAUCAAUGAAGGUCAGGUAUUGACCUUUAUAUGUGGUGUGCAAACCAGAAAUUUUUAUAGGUCUAGGAUUUAUAUUUUUAUUUAAAUAUACAAGUAAUUGAUUUUUGCCUUUGGCACACUUGUCUGGCAAGUGUUUCUUAAACAUGAUAAUAAAUGAAUAAGUUGGUAGAGGAAUAUUUUUAGCAUUUCAGUCUUGGCAGAUUUUUAACACUACUGUUUUCAAGUCCAGUACCUGUUCUUCUUGAAGCACUUAUGUCUUCCUUUAAUGACCUUUCUUAGAUAACCUUAUUGUAUGUUUUCCUUAAGCAACAUUUUAAAAAAACUUUUCAUAAGUGACUUUCUAUGGAAACGGUGCUUUCUAAUAUUGGCCUCUUCUUUUUCUAUUGUAAUUCGUUAAUCUUGUAUGUUUGUGAAAUUUAAAUUCAAAUGCAAAAUUCGAGAGUCUUUUGAACACUAAGUUUUAUUUGCUACUGAUUCAAUUACAAAAAAGUCCUUUUUAUGACCUCUCUUUCUUAUCAGAAAAGCUUUAUUUCUUUUUGUCUAGUGAAAAACAUAAUAAAGAAAUCUUCAAUACA